GCCACAAAGGAUCCUCUUUCCCCCGGAGAACAUUUACAUGGACUGGCAGCAGCGAUGGAGAGCUGGAGCAGGACUCCACAACUCGGACAACACGUGCUUCCUCAACUCCGUCCUGCAGUGCCUGACAUACACACCCCCCCUGGCCAACUACCUGCUCUCUCGUGAGCACAGCCGGUCGUGUCGUCAGCAAGGCUUCUGCGUGAUGUGUAGAAUGGAAAACCACGUUAACACCGUCCUGCGCUCGUCAGGCAGGGUCAUCUAUCCUUCGGCCGUCAUCAGUGUUCUCACACUAAUAGGAGAACAUUUCCAGCUUGGCAUGCAGGAAGAUGCCCACGAGUUCUUACGUUACGCUAUUGAUGCCAUGCAGAGAGCUUGCCUGAGCGGAAUCAGCGACUGCAAAGUGGCUUCCGAUUCCUACGAGGCCUUUCUGGAUAUUCCUUUGGAUAUCAAGGCGGUCUCAUCUGUCACCGCAGCGCUGACGGACUUCGUGAAACCGAGCAGCUGGACGCGGAGGGGCGGUGGUGGAGACGUGAAAGGAUGUCUGGCCUUCUUGGGGCAAGCUAGGGCGUCUAUGAAGGUCGCGUUUCAGCACUUGGCUCUGUGCUUGGUUUCAAGGUGUAACAAGAAGGUCGCCGCCUCCAAGAGGUUUACAAUCCAUCGCGCGCCCAAGGUUCUCACCGUCUGUCUGAAGAGGUUUGAAGACUUCACCGGCGGGAAGAUCGACAAGGUUGUGAAGUAUUCCAACUGCUUGGAUCUUCGCCCGUACAUGUCUCAGACGGAUGGAGAACCGCUCUUCUACUCUUUAUACGCUGUCCUGGUGCAUAGCGGUAAUAGCUGUGAUUCGGGACACUAUUUCUGCUACACGAAGGCCAGCAAUGGGCUGUGGUACGAGAUGGACGAUUCAUCUGUGGAUCGUUGUGACAUCAGCACGGUUCUCCAGCAGCAAGCCUAUUUGCUGUUUUAUGUCAGGAGCCCUGAUUUCAGGGGAGGAAGGCCUUCUUCCCCACGGAUACCAUCACAUGCCCGCGCCUUCCUGAGGCAGUGGGCGGCCGGCAGCAAGCAGGUAGAUCCUGCGGGACCAUGGGGUCUUCUUCCUAGGACUAAGGCUGCAGCUUUCUUCAAAGCUGCAACGCUUCUCCCUCUCAAAGCAAUCCCACCUCGAUCCACCCCAUUUGUCCACCUUUGGUUCUUCUGCCUUGCGGCCCGCCGGGAGAAGCUCUGGGACCGCCCUUAG